AUGGCUAAGACUAAAGUCACUGCCCCUAGAAACACCAACGUCGAGACGAAAGCUGAUAUCAAGAAGAAGAUUCAAUUCCUUGGAGAUGAAUACGCCACAGCCAUCAAGGCUCAUCAGAAGGCGUCGGAGGAUGUGAAAAGACUCCAACAGCAACAAGAAGCGACGGAGAAGAAGAUUCAGCGAUUGACGGUACUUCAUCAGAUGCAUCAGAAGCGGAAGAUUCAGAAGCCGAAGUCAAUUUGCUCUAUCCCAAUGCUCUAA